AUGUUAGUAAAUACUAUUUUUGUGGUCCUUUUGGCCAUGUCUCAUGGAGUUUUCGCGGAGAAAAUGUUACGUCCGAAAUUUAAGGAUAUUAAAAUCUGGAGCGAAGAGAAACUUGUUAGCCACAAAGUGGUCUAUGAUCACAGCGAUCCUCAUUUGAAUUUCUCGAUGGAGGUGCAUCAGGAAUUGCAUGAUGUCGACAUUCAUUUGGAGGUUCGCAUCACGAAUAAACUGGAUCCCAUGUAUACGACCACUCUGAAUACCACUCUCAAUAUCUGCCGUAUUCUUGGAUUUGCCAAUAAAUCGCCAGUGGGACGUUUCGUACAUGGUUUUAUUCGUGAAUUUGGCAAUAUUGUUGAAAGCUGUCCCAUUGCCAAGGGUUCAUACUUUAUCAAUAAGUUCUGGUGGCCCGAGGAUCCAACCACAGCCAUUUUGCCAGAAUUGGAAUUCGAUAUCAUUUGGGAGGCCUAUCAUAUAGAUGCCAGCAAGAAACGUACAUUGAUUAUGAAUGAUCAUUUCACUGGCGAUUUUACCGUACAGGAUGUUAAUAAUCUGAAACCUGGCAUCUUUGCCAUGUUGCCCAAAUCGGUUUAA